CGUCUGUAUGUGACAGGCCAGCGCGCCAAAUUGAUAUGCAAACAAAGGGAAGGCAGAAGAAAAUACGACUCGUUUGACGUAUGAGUAGUUAAACACAGAAUUAAAGUGUAAAAUAUCGUAAAGACUGUUUAGAGUAUAUACUUUACCGGAUUAACGUUCUCGUAACAAAGCUGUCAGGAUGGGUUUGCUCGAGCGGUGCGAGGAGCUGUUCAAGUCCUCCAACCUGUACGAGGUUUUGGGCAUCAACAAGGAGGCAACCGAGACAGAUAUCCGGAGGAGCUACUACAAAGUGUCGCUGAAAGUGCACCCGGAUCGGGCUCCUGACGACCAGCUGGCCACGGAGAAAUUUCAGGUGUUGGGGAAGCUGUAUGCGGUGCUGAGUAAUAAGGAGCAGAGAGCUGUUUAUGAUGAGCAGGGGGUGGUGGAUGAAGAGUCAGACGCCCUGAGUCAAGACCGCUGCUGGGAAGAUUACUGGAGACUGCUCUUCCCAAAGAUCACAGUAAAGGACAUCCUUGAGUUUGAGAAUAAAUAUAAGGGCUCUGAUGAGGAGCGGCAGGAUGUGAUCCAGCUGUAUGUGCAGCACCAGGGAAACAUGGAUACAAUCACAGCCUCGGCCAUGUGCUGCUCCCAGGAAGAUGAGCCUCGGCUCUGCAGCAUCAUCCAGGCCGCCAUUGAUAGCGAAGAAGUCCAAGCGUUUCCAGCAUUCACGCAGGAGAGUGAGAAGAAGAAGAAGUCUCGUAGGAAGAGGGCUAAUAAAGAGCGACAGGAAGCAGAAGAAAUGCAGAAGGAGAUGGGCCUCGGCGAUGAAGAUGACAGUCUUGUGAUGAUGCUUCAGCAAAGACAGAAGUCCAGAGAGCAGAAUUUCAAUAGUUUCCUGUCUGACCUGGAAGCAAAACACUCCAAAAAAAGUGGACCCAAAAAAGGAAAGAAAGCGAAAAAGUGAGACCGGCUGUGGUUAUAGUAGAAAGUAUUAAGAUAAAUAGCUGCACUUUUUCAAAAAUACACCCUUUUUAUAUUAAUAAGUGCAUGUCUGAUUAGCUGCUGUUGAGCUGUCCCCGUCUGCCCUUCAUCUGGCUUCAGCUUUUUAUGUUGUAAUCAAAGUUAAAGUGACCCUUGUCAAAAUAUAAAUGCAUCUUUAAUUUCUUAUAAUAUAUGUCUUUAAUUGUCAAAGUCUUCAUAAAACACAAAUAAAUUCAUGUUUAUAUACAA